UGUGAUAAACUGCCUUCCCACCGAGUUCGGUUGGCCUUUCCUUUAUAUAAAGCGCACCGGGAUUUUCAGAAGAAUCACAUUCAGCCAUCAAGACUGAACAAUGGUUAACAUGAGCUAUCACCCAUUUUUACUAAAAUACCUAUACUAUCCUAAUCCGAGAGAGUCGAGACGACGAACAAAUAAAAGAAAAAGGAUUCAUUGGGACACGUUAUCUUCAACAACAAAUUGGCAGACUUGAUUAAGCAAGGCUUACUCAAGGUCCAGUGAGCGCCGCGUGGCCGAGCAUCUGUACGUUGAGCUGAGACUGACUGCUGCUGAGUGGCGACAUGACAGCCGAGUGGCUCCACCUGCCGCCGCCGUACCCCCCCGGCGUGGGCCCGCUGUGUGGUGCAGAGUUGGAGGCGUGGUACGAGGACCUGCAGGACAUCCUGGGCUCCGACGCGGGCGGGGCCAAGCUGGCACGCUCUGCCCCGCAGUACGCCGAGGAGCCUGAGUUCCUGGAUGUCCUGGAGAGCUGCUCGCUCACCUGGCUGACGGACGGAGGCCAGACGUGGGCCGAGGGCGUCCAGCGAGUCACCGAGGAGAUCCACACCGCCCAGCCUCUCCACCACGGCUCCACAUCUACCUCCUCCUCGUCUUCCUCCUCCUCCUCCUCCGCCCCCUGCCUGAGCCCGACCGCGGAGGAGCGGCGGUCCGGCGGCGGCGGUGGCGGGGGCGAGGGCCGGCGAGGCGGGGACAGCGACCUGCUCCCCCCGGAGUUCUUCGAGCUGCUGAGCGAGGGAGGGGUGGGGAUGGUGGAUUCGAGCGGCGCGGUGGUCGGCGGUGGCUACCACCAUCACCACCACCACCAGCACCUCAACGACCACCAACACCUCCACCACCACCACCACCAACACCCCAGCCAGACCCACGCCCAAAACCCCGCCUCGCCGUCCGCCAGCGAAGACGAUCUCCCGUGCGUCCCGGCCUCCCCCUCCUGCGACUCCUCCUGCGACGACGGCGACUCCUCCUCCUCGUCGGCGCCCCCGUCCCCGGCCCCGAACGGUUCGGCCCCCUCGUCGCCGGCCCCCUCGCCGUCGGCCGCCCCUCAGCGCCUGGGAAAGCGCCGGAGGAGCAGCAGCGGCGGCGACGGGAGCGGCGCCCCCAACGCCUACGUCUCCUCCUCGUCCUCCUCCAGUCCCCGCUUCUUCUCCUCCUCCUCCUCGUCCGCCACAACCAACAACAACAACAACAACAACAACACGUCCUCCUCCUCUUCCUCCUCGCCGUCCUCCGCCGCCGCCAAGAAGAGCCGGAAGGAGCGCGAGCAGGAGAACGAGAGGAAGGUGCAGGAGCUGACGGAGCAGAACGAGCGGCUGAAGUCGGAGAUCGACCGGCUGGGCGAGGAGGUGCAGAGGACGCGGCGCGCGCUGAUAGAGCGGCUGGUCAACACCAGGAAGUGAUGCGUUGGGUAGGGGAAGGGGCGACGCGCUCGCUAAGGUAGGCCAGGUUCUGGAUCCGGGAUCGGGCGGGAAAAACGCUGGCGGGGCUUGUAGGGUGUCUUUUGAAAUGCAUCCGUCCACACGACGAAGGUUGAAAACCAAAGACUUGUUUUGUUUUUGUUCCAAAAUGAAGGUAACCGGAGAGAGAUAGUGAUGUUAGGAAAGAAUGAUGAAAGUGGUCGAGGGAAGAGGGCUGCAGCGGCAUUGCGGCAAAUGGAGAGAGAGAGAGAGAGAGAGAGAGAGAGAGAGAUGGAGAGAGAGAGAGGGAAAGACUGCAUGCAAGGAAACGAGAGGUUAAACUUUGAAGGGAAAACGAUGCAAUGCUUCUGAUAAGUGCAUUUAGAUUGUGAAAAAAAAAAAUACAAUCAAUUUCCAAUUGAAGCGUUGCAAAAUUCAGCACGUGCAAAAGCCUUAGUGUCUUGUAUGUAAGCAACGGAACCGAAGUUGAGGUUGGGUUGAUAGAGGAUGUAGAGAAUGCAUUUCAUUUCCACCAUCUUGCAAUAAAUUGUAAUACAUUGGUUAAGGGCUACAACCUGGCUCAAAGAGAUUACUUUCCCCAUAAUUAUGAGAAUUAAAAGGAGCUCAGGAAAAGUUGAAGUACUCAGUGAAGGCGGUUUUUUGUGGAAGAUAAAUUCCUUAUUGUUUUUUAGCAACCCCUUGUGUGUAAGUGUGUUUGCAUUUUAUUUGAGUAGGACCCAGCUAUACUUUCUAUGCUGACCUUUUUAUAUACAAUUAUUAGUAGAAUUCCUGUGCAUUACUCAAUCCCGGUUUACUAUUUUUAUAUAAUCUUGUAUGAUAUCUAAUUGUAAUGUAACACACUGUAAUUACGAUAUCCACUUUACCUAUUCCUUGUAGUCACUAAGAUGGUGAACUGCAGCCUUACUUGCAUGGUGUUUUGUAAUGACUUCUUAUGUCUUUUACCAUUGCCAAGUUUGGUUUCAUGUAAUCUUUUCUUUUGCAAUAAAAACAAUUCAAUUGUUAUAUUUUAGUGUUGUAUGAUACUUUAUCGAAUGCAAUUUUACUUGAAAAAAUUGCACUGCAUCCAUUAUACAUUUCCAGUCCUUUGAGGAUUAAAUACUACAACGUUAAAACAUCUAUUGGCAACUGAAGGUACAAAAAACAAAGACUAAAAUAUUCUAUUUUCAUAGGGAUUUAUUUUCAGCAAACGGCAUAAGAACAACGUUCAGGGAAUAUAUCUAUAAAAACAAUAGUAUUCGAUACGUAACACACCGUCCACCACCUUAUCACAGCGAGGUAAAAAACGGCUUUCCCGUUUUUGUGUAGAGGUUUUUCGUUCUUCCAAUUCUGUAGCUGUAUUCAAACGAGUCGGCCUCGGAUUCCCGUCUGUCCUAGCCAGCGUUUCUUAAGACCCCGCUGCCAGCACUACUACAUUGUCUCAGAUCCCGUCACGGCUUUGCCUUAAGCUAAAACACCCUCUCCCUCUCUGGGUGUACAUCUUGUUCUCCCUCCUUUGGUUUGAUCACUCACACCGUAUUGUGAGUCAUCCCUUUCGUCGCCUCACCUCCGUCCGUUCAUUUAUUCAUUUCUUCUUGCCCUUCUGGGGGGCGGUGGGCUCGGCGCUCUUCCCCUCGGCCAGGGCCAGCUGUUUCUUCAGGUCCAGGAGCUUGUUCACCUCCAG